GAUUGACAAUGAGAGAGGCUAACCAAUGAGAGAGUCAGGAGCCAAGGACCCGUCCUCCGUGUGAGCUAGCCAGCCAGGGUAAAGUAGGGCGAGCCAAGGGGAGUGCAGCAGGUGGAGCUGAGCCGGAGUGUGAACAGCAGGCCAGGACUAGAGCUGCCAUCCAGAGCCAGAAGCUGGACACCAACUGCGACAAUCUAUCCUGACAAACGGCAGACUUCAGCCACGUUGUUCUAGGCUGAAUCAGCAGCCAAGUGUCAUAAGAGGACUAUAUACGUGCAGCUGGAUCAUGAGCCCCGUAUGAGGAAGUGUACAGCUGCUUCAGCAAUAUGAGUUCAGUUUGGUUCACUGAAUAUGAAUGAGGAUGAACAAAUUCCUCAAAGUGGCUCAGCAUCAGGUCAUCCCAUUCCAGGGUAGAUCCAUAGGUGAAGUAUCCACAUAGUCUUGCUGUUCUUCUCAGUGCGUUACAUUUCAAUCUGUGGAAAGUGAGUAACUGGCAAAUGAUCUGCAAAUUCAGCAUCUUUCCUAAACUCCAGAAAAUUAGAAAAAAUAUAUUACAAAACUGGAUAUAGGUCAAAAAGCCCUUCAAAGAAUAUUCUACUGAGAUGUUUAUAUAAUCUGAACAAAGAAAUCUGACAAGGUUUUUGGGCCAUGACGUUUUUACUUAAACGCCAGAUUUUUAAUUCUAUUUUGACACCCAAGUCAUUGUGUAGAUUCUUCAGCAAACAUUGCCGAGGAUUUGCCCCUCAAAAUAUCUCUGGCUAUGAAUCACCAAACGUCUAUAAAGAAUUGCCCGAGCACUUUAAUUUUGCAAGUGAUGUUCUGGACAAAUGGAGUCAAAUGGAAAAGAAUGGAGAGAGAGCUUCCUCCAUUCCAGCCCUCUGGUGGGUAGGUGAUCAAGGCAAUGAGGUGCGGUGGGGUUUUGAGGAGCUGGGAUUUCUAUCCAGAAAAGCAGCCAACGUACUCUCCGAUGCAUGUGGUCUGAAAAAGGGAGACAGAGUUAUUGUGAUGCUACCACGAAUACCAGAAUUGUGGUUGAUAACAGUAGGCUGCAUGAGAACAGGAAUUAUCUAUAUUCCAGCAACAAUUAUGCUGACAGCUAAUGACAUUUUCUAUAGACUUCAAGCUUCUAAGGCCAAAUGCAUCAUUACCAAUGAUACACUGGCACCUGCAGUGGACUCAAUUGUGUCCAAAUGCGAGUUUCUAAAAACCAGGCUAAUAGUAUCCGAAGGAAGCCGGGAUGGGUGGCUGGAUUUCAAGAAACUAUUCAAAGAUGCACAUGAUGAUCAUGACACCAUUAAGACAAAGAGUCAAGAACCAAUGACUAUCUACUUUACCAGUGGAACUACAGGUUACCCCAAAAUGGUGGAACAUUCUCACAGUAGUUUUGGUAUUGGAAUGACCUCAACUGGAAGGCUUUGGUUGGAUUUGAAUCCCUCUGAUGUCCUAUGGGGCCUGUCUGACCCAGGCUGGGUAAAAUUUGCCUAUAGCUGCUUCUUUUCUACAUGGAUUCAGGGUGCAUGUAUCUUUACACGCCAUAUGCUGCAAUUUGAGGCAACAACCGUCCUGGAUUGUUUGUCCAGAUUUCCUGUAACCUCUUUCUGUGGUACGCCAACAACUUAUCGCAUGAUGGCACAGCAUGAUCUUACCAGAUACAAAUUCAAGAGCCUGAAGCGUUGCCUAAGUGGAGGUGAGCCACUCAGCACUGAAGUGAUGGAGAGAUGGAAAAAAGAAACAGGGAUGGAUAUCUAUGAAGGAUACGGCCAGAGUGAAACAGUUUUGAUAUGUUCACUUCACAAAGGGAUGAAAAUUAAACCUGGUUCUAUGGGAAAGGCAACCCCACCUUACGAUGUUCAGGUAAUAGAUGAAAAUGCUAAUGUUCUGCCUCCAGGGAAAGAAGGAGAUAUUGCCAUCAGAAUCAAACCAACAAGGCCAUUUUGCCUUUUCUCUCACUAUGUGGAUGAUCCAGAGAAAACUGCUGCCUCAGAACGCGGAGAUUUUUAUCUCACAGGAGACAGGGGCAUUGUGGAUGAAGAUAGAUACUUCUGGUUUAUUGGAAGAGCUGACGAUAUCAUUUUGUCUUCUGGUUAUCGCAUUGGACCAUAUGAAGUAGAAUAUGCCUUAAUGGAGCACCCUGCAGUAGCAGAAGCAGCUGUUGUCAGCAGCCCAGAUCCCAUCAGAGGAGAGUUAGUGAAAGCCUUUGUUAUUCUGUCUCCUGAUUUUGCAUCACAUGAUCCAAAAGAAUUAACUAAGGAGCUUCAAAAUCAUGUCAAAAAAAUUACUGCACCAUACAAGUAUCCCAGAAAGGUGGAAUUUGUUCAACAACUACCGAAGACAAUCUCUGGAAAAGUCCAAAGGAAGAAAUUAAGACAGAAAGAGUGGGAGAGCACUUAGCUUUGUUGUGGAGUUAAGAACACAACUUUCAUUUAUGUUAUAAUCAUCAGUUGUCUCUUCAGGCUAUGACCUCUUCUCUUUUGACAUCGUAAGGAAGUAGUAUAAGGAGCUAGAUAGUAUUUGUAAUGAGGAAUAGACAUUGUCACUGUUUGCUAUAACUUGCAACGUUCUGAGGCCUUAGGAUGGUUUUGAAACUCAAUGAAUCUUCUUCUCCUACCAUUUACACUGGUGUAAAUCAAGAGAAACAUCAUUGAAGGCAACACUGUGAGAGGAGAAUCAGAUCCUAAACACUUUCUGUUUGAUUAUUUUUCAUCUAUGCCUUAUCAUUCCAUAGUAAUAGAGAUGUAGUUGUGUUAGUCUAGUCUAGCUGAAACAAAAAACAGGACUAUGUAGCACUUUAAAGACUAACAAGAUGGUUUAUUAGGUGAUGAACUUUCGUGGGCCAGACCCACUUCCUCAAAAGCUCAUCACCUAAUAAAUCAUCUUGUUAGUCUUUAAAGUGCUACAUAGUCCUGGUUUUUUGUUUUAUUGUUCCAUACUGAAUGUUAUACUGCUAGCACAUAUGUGUCAAAUUUUGGUUUGUGCAAAUAUUGCGUAAUUAUUUUUAAUGGUCAAAUUAGCAGUAUAGAAUACUGGGUGACUUUUUCAGGGGGUAAAUAUUGCUAAAUUGUUUUCUACCAGCCACCAUCAUUUGUACUUGGUUUUUGUUUUUGUUUUAAUAAAAGAUGUCCUGGGUUAUGAAAUUAUAUUAGGUCACAAAAUUGUUGCUGUACAAACAGAUUUUCCCCUCUAGUAUUCAAGCAAUGAUCUACAUCAGAGUCUUCUCUGAACAUAAUUAGGAAUCUGGGCCCAGUGCUUGAAGCCAUUAUUACUAUUCUAUUGAGUUCCACCGAAGUAAGCACUGCUAUUGUUUGCAGCAUCAGGUCUUCCGGCUUCCCUGACAUUGUACAAAUAUUUCCCUUUGAGGAAAGAGUUAUUUGUGCUCUGCAGGAGGGAUACUGACUCCAGGAUUGCACAGAACUGUAUAUUAGGAAUAAAUGCACGUGCAGAAGACA